UGGGUGUUAAAUAAUAGAUUAGAAUGGUAAAAUGCUAUAUUCUUUUCCUGUAUAAUCAAAAUUAUAAAUACCAAAUAAUAUAUGAUUUUUGUUUAGUAAGUCACAAUGAUUUCGUCUAUAGUUCUUCUCUUAUGUGUUUGCUCGAGCGAAUAUGUUGUGUCAGAAAAAUUAACUGCUGCUGCCCCUACCGAUAUAAAAUUAACAAAACUAUUGGACGUUAAAUUUGAAAGCAAAACCAGUUCGUUGAGAAGUGAUUUUGGAAGGUUUCUCUAUCCCCAAACUGAAGAGAUCGAUUUAGGAACCAAAAAUGAAUACUUUCAAGUUCCCUUAAAGUUGUCAUUUGGGAUAGAUAGGCAAAAUGGAAUUCAAGAAAACGAAAAAACUAUUUCAAGUAUUUCAAGUAUGUUUGACCAAUGUAAAUAUUUGGUAGGUAGAAGUCAAACACCAUUUUGUCGUUUGAAUCUAGUUGCGAUAAAUUCAGAAAAUAAUCAUCCAAGAAGUUGCAGAGAAAUCCUAGAAGCUGGAAACAACAAAUCUGGUGUAUACAAUAUUAAACCACGUACCAGCAGCAAACCAUUCGCUGUGCUGUGUGAUAUGGAAACCAAGGGUGGUGGAUGGACUCAUAUUCAAAAGAGAUUUGACGGAUCACAGGACUUUUAUCUACCUUGGAGAGAUUACAAAUUCGGUUUUGGCGAUCUAGUGGGUGAAUUCUGGCUUGGACUUGAAAAUAUUUAUCACAUGACAGCAUUCGAUAGAAAUGAACUUCUUAUAGAGUUAAUAGAUACGGACAAAAAUAUUAGCUAUGCACAAUAUUCAACGUUCUCAAUUGGCUGCGAAAAGGACGGAUACCCACUCAAGGAACUUACUGGAUACUCAGGAAAUGCAGGGGACGGUUUAAAAUACCAUAUCAAUUCAAAGUUUACAACAUUGGAUGUGGAUCAAGAUAAAGAUGCUGCAAAUUGCGCACAAAAAUAUGAGGGUGCUUGGUGGUAUACAGCUUGCCAUGAGAGCAACCUUAAUGGAAAAUAUAUGACAGUAGUACUUCCUGAUGCAUACAAAGCACAUGGUCUUAACUGGUAUCCUCUGAAAAAGAUAAACGUAAAUUUGGCAGGUUCCAGGAUGAUGAUUCGACCAGUUGAAGAAUAAACAGUUAUUAGUACAACAAUAUGGGCAUUAUUAAAAUAUGCCCCUUUAAUGUAAUAAUAUUUUAAUAUAAAUUUUAUGCAUA